GGCAGGCCGAGGUCAGUUCAUCAGUGUGUGUCACAUUGAACGCUGUUCUAGAUAGGUAUCGUGGUUUGUUUUGGCGAGACGAUAUAUCAAACAAUGAAACUGAAAUCGGAACUAAUGAUCCAGCCUUCUGGCGAGGUGUGGCAGAAAAUAAGAGCCGAGUUAAAAGAGAAUGUCAACACCAGAGACAAAGAUCUAGCGACUAUUAAGGAGUGGUUGCGAAAACAACCACAUUUACCUGACCAAUGGGAGGAUAACCCCUUAAUGACGUUUCUGCGUGGCAGCAGUUUUUCAUUAGAAAAAUGCAAGAGGAAACUCGACAUGUACUUUACUAUGAGGGCCGCCUGUCCGGAGUUUUUUACGAACAGAGAUGCCACAAGCCCAGUCUUACGCGACGUUCUGCGCUCAAAGCUCCAAGGUCCACCGCUACCGGGAGUGACGCCGAAUGGGAGACGUGUCACAAUAUGCAGAGGUCUUGACUCGAGCCUCUCUCCCCAGCAAGUAACAGACACCUUGAAGUUGGCUCUUAUGAUAGGAGACGUGCGGCUGAUGGAAGAGACAGAAGGUGUCGCUGGAGACAUUUAUGUCUUGGAUGGAGCUGUCCUAGGACCGAGCUUGUUGGCAAAACUUGCACCAUCUACUGUUAAGAAGUUCAUGAUUUGUGUUCAAGAAGCCUAUCCAGUCAAGUUAAAGGAGAUUCACAUUAUUAACACCUCACCGAUCGUUGAACGAUUUGUCACAUUCGUGAAACCUUUUCUAAAAGAAAAAAUCAGGAAACGCAUUUUUAUUCAUAGAGACUUAAAAGAUCUAUACAAAUAUGUACCGCAAGAGAUGUUACCCAUAGAGUAUGGAGGACAAUGUGAAACCAUGAAUUCUUUACAAGAAAAAUGGACACAAAAGCUGGUGGAGUACCGAGAAUGGUUCAAGGCUCAAGAUGCCCUGAUCGCAAACGAAAGCCUACGUGCCGGGAAACCAACCAACUACGAUGAACUCUUCGGCAUAGACGGUUCCUUCCGUCAACUAGCGAUUGACUGAUUGUCAUAUGAACAAACUAGAUACCCGAGAACUUGAACUUUAACUUGACUUUUUUCAAAUUUAAAAAUAUUAUCUUAAAUAACGUGAAUUUUAUGUCAACCUGUUCGAUAUAGCUCUGACUGGGCCAUGACUUUUUCUGAAGGUGCUACUACUAAGUAAAUAAAUUUAAUAUUAAGUUUAAAUUGUUCAAUCCGUGAAACAGAACAUUCUGUCACUUAACGUGGUCCCUAAACACUGAUUUUGCAUUUAAAGGGGACGAAACAUUUGCUGCAAUCAUCUUUUUGUAUAUUUAGCAAAGGUACGCCAGAAGUACAAACUACACUUGAUUUUUAUAAAAUUAAAAAUUUACUACUUUUAAACCUUAAAAAAAUGCAAUUUACAGCUAUCUUCCAAUGAUGGGAUGAAUAGUAGGGCUAAUCUUGAGACAUGUAGGCAAUCGACUAUGGUGCCCAUCUUCCAGAAUAAUUAUUAUUUUCUCGGGAAUUGAUUAUCAAAUCUCUAGCUUAGAAGCUACAUACGACAAACGACGUUCGUCUUUGAGUAAAUCUGAAAAGGACUAUUAUGUUUUAUAAAAGAUGAAUUUAACGUUAUAGACAUUAUAGUACUAUAUAUAAUUAAGUAACGAAUUUUGGGGAGCUGAAAGCUUCUAAAAUAAUUUUAAUUCGGGUAACAUUAGGUACAAUUUUUUGUAGUUAUAAUUACUGCGUAAAAACAGAUAAGCACCCAAAAAGGAAAUUAAUGGUUUACGUAUUACGUAAAUAACCUUAUAAUGACGUAGUUUUUUUUAUGUACAUGCUUUAAUUAAAAUUAAUAAAAACAACUAUUAUUUAAUAGCAAAACAUAGCUAUUUUGUUUUCAUUUGUUUAUCUAUUUAAGACAACACGAUUUUACCUUAAACUGUGCUGAUAGCUUAAUCUAAAAACAUCAUGGUUAUACUUUAGUCUUAACAAUUCAUUAUUUCAUACUUCCUGUUCUCUUCUCUCUGUCUGCUUUCUCCAUUACCAACACUUUUGUACCAAAAAUGGUCAUAAAUAUAAUUGUAAAGUGUAUUAAGGUGAACAGUGUAGAAUUGUACAAUAAAAUGUGACAAUAAUUAUCUGUUUUAAA